AUGUCCCGCAAAUCGUCGGAGCAUGACUACACCCUGCGCAGCAUGACCAACCUGAUGGGCGAGAGGAGGAAAAAAGCAAAAGCAGGUAGAGGAGGAGAUGAAACCGGAGAGCGGACUCUCAUCGCGGCUCCGUCCAGCUCCAGCCUCACGAGCCUGACCGCUCCCUCCGCCGCCUCUCCGCACGCCUCCACUGGGGACCUGGAGCGCGCCGCCCGCAAGAACUUCCAGCGGGAUGGAGCUCCGGCCUUCGUGCGCGUCCUGGCGCUGCUGUCCGGGCUCGGAGGCUUUUUGGCCGGUUAUGAUGCCGGGGUGAUAUCCGGUGCCAUGCUGCUGCUCAAGCGGGAGCAGAACAUCACGGUAGCCUGGCAUGAGCUGCUGGUGUCGGGCGCACUGGCCGCGGCGGCUCUCUCGGCUCUGGCAGGCGCGUUUCUAAACGGACUGUUCGGGCGGAGACCUUGUGUGCUGCUCGCCAGCUUCGCCUUCUUCAUCGGUGGCAUCGUGAUGGCAUCUGCUCCCAAUAAGGAGGCUGUCCUGGUCGGCCGACUCGUUGUCGGGAUCGGAAUUGGGAUUGGCUCUAUGACUGUUCCUGUGUAUGUUGCUGAAGCCUCACCACCACAUCUGAGAGGGCAGCUGGUCACCAUAAACACACUGUUCAUCACAGCGGGACAGUUUGUGGCGAGUCUCAUCGAUGGUGCCUUCAGCUACGUGCAGCAUGGAGGAUGGAGGUACAUGCUGGGCUUAUCAUCUCUGCCCGCUCUAGUGCAGUUCUUGGGUUUCCUCUUUCUGCCCGAAAGUCCUCGAUGGCUUAUUCAGAAGGGUCUUACCCAGAAGGCCCGGCGGGUGCUCAGCCAGAUCCGAGGAAACCAAAACAUCGACGAGGAGUACGACAGCAUCAAGAGCAGCAUUGAGGAAGAGGAGAAAGAUACAGGAGAUGGACCAGUGUUGUGGAGAAUGGUGACUUAUCCUCCAGCCCGGCGUGCUCUCAUUGUGGGUUGUGGACUUCACAUGUUCCAGCAGCUCUCCGGUAUCAACACAGUCAUGUAUUACAGCGCCACCAUUCUGCAGAUGUCUGGAGUGCGGGACGAUAAGCUGGCCAUUUGGCUCUCCUCACUAACUGCCCUCACCAACUUUCUAUUCACAUUGUUGGGUGUGUGGCUGGUGGAGAGAGUCGGCAGACGAAGACUUACUCUCGGAAGCAUUGCUGGUACAUGUUUAAGUCUGGGUCUCCUGGCUGUUGGGUUCCUGCUGUCUGCCCAACACUCUCCCUUAGUCACACUCCACCACACUGACCCCUCGCUGGCCAACUCCAGCUGCUCCACCUAUCUGUCUUGUGAGCCGUGCAUGCUGGAUCCGAGCUGUGGCUUUUGCUACCAGCAAAACAGCACUGCGGUGUUCGCCUCCUCCUGCGUGCCAGUCAAUCAGGCCUCCACAGAAAGAGCGGCAUGGGGCAGGUGCUCCAAUUCAUCCCAGUCUGCAGGACACAGUCUUUGGGCUUAUAACUUCUGCCCAACCUCUUACUCCUGGCUGGUUCUUUUGGGACUCAUCCUGUACUUGGCUUUCUUUGCUCCAGGACUGGGCCCAAUGCCAUGGACGGUUAAUUCUGAAAUUUACCCACUGUGGGCAAGAAGCACAGGCAACGCCUGCUCAGCUGGAGUAAACUGGACCUUUAAUGUACUGGUGUCACUGACCUUUCUCCAUGUGGCCCAGUACCUCACCUACUAUGGUGCAUUCUUUCUGUACUCAAGUCUGGCUCUGCUGGGGUCCUUCUUCAUUUACGGCUGUCUCCCCGAGACCAAAGGCCGGCGGUUAGAGGAAAUCGAGUCACUGUUCGAGAGCCGCCUGUGCUCCUGCGGUGCCUCAGACUCAGACGAGGGACGGCAGGUGGAGUAUAUUAGGGUCAAAGGAUCGAAUUACCACCUGUCGGACAAUGACGGCUCAGACGUGGAUUAAAGCCGCAGAAGGAGCUCAGUGAACGCAGCGUGAGUCGUCUCUCAGCUCUGCACAGGGCUGAUGAGGAGAGGAGAGAACGAAUCACUUUUCAGCCUCACCCCAACACGACACCAGGCCCAUCUGUAGCAGUCAGGCUGUAUCUAUUACAGCGGUCCACUUGAAAGGAAAAUAGAGGCGCCACACCAAAAUACAAUCGCAAACACACUAACAAGCAGUGCCAGGCCACUUAUUGCUGGAUAUUGUGGUAAAAGGUUACACCCUAUUUUUGUGCUCGUUUUAUUAAACAAAGAUGUUCACUGUACAAUAAAUAGUCAAUG